UGCUUCGGUGAAAAGAAAAGAAUGAAGCGUGUGUUCCCACUUUUGUAGAUUUGACCUGUUGACUGGGAGUUCAGUUGACGCGUGUUCCCCGCGUAGAAAUUGAAACGUAGAUAAACUUGUCGUUUCACUAAACAAUGAAAGUAUAACCUCAAAAAUGUAAAGAAAAAGAAAACAGUCCUAAGUAAACUAGCUAAAUAGUAAAUACUAUUUAUUUAGAUAAUGAAUUUUGUACAAUUUUCAAAAAUAAAAAAUUUAAUUUACGUUUUAACAAAAUAAACGGUUUAUUUAAUAAUUUUUACAAAAUAUAAAUUUAAAGGGUGGCAUAUUUCUCUAAUAUCAAUAAACUUUAUGAGAAGGCAUUUUUAUGUGACUGAUUCGAAUCAUAAUUGUUUGGGUAGAUAAGAUAGUUGUAGACUCUGUUCUCAUUUUUUAGAAUUAACAAACAAGUAGUUAUCUUUUUAAUUAGUUUUUUUUUUUUUUUGAGGGAUCUUUUUAAUUAGUUCAUUGUUUAGUAUUACGUACUGUACUACGUACUAUUUGCAUGGAGCUGAUGGUCUAGCUAUAAAUUCUUCAAUAGAAUGUACAGUAUUUCUUUAUAUAAUGGGCCUUUUGUGCAUUUUGGGCUUUUUUAUAAUAAGUUGGGCUUGCAGAUCUUAUCCCACAACAGACCGACCAAGAUGUGAGAGGUAUUAAUUUGAGGAAUACAUCCUUUUUCUUUUGUAGAAUUUACAUGGAGUAUGGGUUUUUAAAACUUUUUAUGAUAAAUAUGGCAUAUUUAACUAUGAACCUUUUAUAUGGCUUUUUUGAACUUUGUGCAUACUCUAUGGGAUUUUAAAGCCCAUACAGCUGGAAUAAUUUUGUAAAAAGCCCAUAUUGUGUGUUUUGUAGUUUCUUUAGGUCAUUUUAGUAAUUUUAAGUGUUUAAAUUUUUUGGUACAUUUUUUUUUGAACAUAACCGUUUAUGUUAGAGGGUUUUGCAUGCAAUCAUCACGAUUUGAUGGUUGCUUCCCCAUUUUAUCUUACUUUUUCAGUUUCCAAUUCAUGCUUAUACACUAUAAACCGCCUAUAAUAUUAUAUCUCUCCCUCUCUUUUUUUCAUUUCAACUUUCAUUUUUUUUCCACUUUCCUUUUCCUCUUUAUUUUUCCUCUCUCGUUUCGUCUCUGUUUUGCUUCUUUCUUUCUUUUUUUUUUGCUGUCGAUUUUUGGAGGGCAUUGUUCUUCGGGUUGGAGCUUAGGGUUAAAGCAUCCAUUGUUCGUGUGUUCUUCAAGGUAAGCAUGUGUUUUUUACUUUUUUUUUUCUUUGAUUUUAGGGUUUUUUUAACUGUUUAUUUUUGUGGGUUUGUUGAAGUUGCAUUGGUUCUUAAUCCUUCUUACAUUCUUAGAUUUUCGUUUUUAUUUUUUUAUUUUGAAUUUUUUACUUCAAUGAUGCUUAAUCCGAAGAGAGAGAGUUUGUUGUUCUUGUUUUUUUAAAAAAAUUAAUCUGAAGUUAUUGUUGUAUUGUUUUAUUUAUUCAUGCUGGAUUAGUUGAGUAUUUUGUGUUUUGGGUUUUGUUUUGUGGUUUACAAUGUUGUUGUUUAGUUUUUUUUUUUUUAAAAAUUUUUGUUGAUAUUCCGUGUUGUUGUUGUUGUGUUUUUUUUUAGAAUUUGGUUGGUUUUUGGGAAUGUUUUGUUGUUGGUUUUAGUGUUAAUUUUUCCUUUAUUUUUUAGAAACUGGUUUUUGGUAAUAUUAAUGCUAAUGAAACUUUAUUUGGUAAGAUUGAGUACUAGUACUGUGAGAUGUACGUAUAGACAUACCUUUAGAAUCAUCUUUACAGUUGGAUUGUUGUUGGUUUUAGUGUUAAUUUUUCCUUCAUUUUUUAGAAACUGGUUUUUGAGUAUGAUUUUCAUGAUGAUUUUAGUAAUUUCAAUUACGGUAGUGGUGGAGAAUGGAAAGUUGAAAGCAGAGGAAAUGGUUAAGAGGGUGUUUGUGUUUAUUUUGUGGCUUAUGUUUAUUUUGUGUUUUUUUUUUAUCAGAUGGAGAGAGAAUCAGAUGAUAAAGUACCAUCUAAUGUUCAAAAGGUUGAGCCUUCUAAGAAGGCUAAAGGUCGACUGAAAAAAGAUUCACAGAAAGGCAAAGUAUGUUUUAUGUUUUGUAUUGAAACCGGUUUUUAUUAGUUGUAUAUGUUUUCUUUUUUGGUUAUUCUAAACUGGUUUUAUCUUUUUUUUAUUGAAAUUGUUGUUGUGUUUUUUUUUAAAGGUUGAUCAUGUUAUGGAACUUUCGAAAGCUCCACCAUUAAGAAGAUCUCCAAGGAAAUCUAAUGUAUGUAUUAAAUUUCACUGAACCCUGUUUCGAAUUUAUUUUAUGUUUCAUUGCGGUUUGGUAUUUAUUUUUAAUAUGUUAUAUAAUACUGGUUUUUUUUUUUGUUUGUUUGUGUUUCUUUUUUAUCUGUUCUGUUUUGUUUUGUUUAUGUUUAUUUUGUUUAUUUUUUCAGGUUGAUAUUGAAUUGCCUAAAGCCGAUGUUGUUUCUCAGAAACACGGUUGUAAAAAGGUGAGUAAGAAGGAUACGAAUGUCCUUCCAUCUGCGAGUGAUGAUGAUUUUGAAACCGAAAAAAUUGUCGCAAAACCUGUUUCAACUAAGAAAAGAAAAGCUGUUUCUGAUGACGCUAGUGCGUCAAAGAAAAGAAAAUCAAAGAAUGUUGGGGAACAACAUUCUAACUUGGUAUGUCUUUAUUUUUUCUUAUAUUUUUUUUGUUGUUUUGUUUAAUUUAAUAGUUUUGAUUUUUUUUCAUUUUGGUUUAACUGUAUUUUGUUUUAUGUUUAUUUAGGAUAAAGUUUGUGAGCCUAGGGUUGUUGAUGAUCCGAAGGUUGUUAAUGUUGCCAAGAAAGGCAAGAAGAAACCAGUUUCAAAAUCGCUCGGCAAGAAGAAGAGCGAGGCUCCUUCCGUUGAUAUUCCUUUGGUAAUUUUUCUUUUUUGUAAGAAACCGGUUUUUCAUUUUGUAAUUGUGCAUGUUUCAGGUUUUCUAUUUACUUUUUUUUUUUUUUUGAAUCUGUUUUUUUAUAAUAUAUAUGUGUUUAUUUUCAGUUUCUAGUUUUUAUCUUUGUGGUGGGUAACCAAUUUUUGAUUUUUUCUUUUUUUUUCUUUGCGUAUUUUUAAUUUUGAUUGUUUAUAUUAUUUUUUCUAUCACAGGAAUAUUAUUUUAAAAUUGAUGUGAAGAAGAGGUUUGCUGGGAAACCUCAACUCUACAAUCCGUACAAUGUCAUUGAUGAUAUCAACGAGAACCUGUCAGAUGAACAGAAGGAGUUGUUUCGCAAGUCCCCAUUUGGGCAUUUUCUUGAUGUGAGCAACUUCAACUAUCAGAUACAGCUGAUUCAUCUCGUUCUGUUGCGGCAGAUUCACACCGAAAGAGAUGAUGUUGAGCUUUGGUUCAAACUAGGAGACAAGGCUGUUCGUUUUGGAGUUGAAGAGUUUUCCACAAUAACUGGUUUGGAUUGUACUAAAUCCUAUGACGUUGAUCUCUUCAAAUCAAAGAAGUUGCUUGCAUACAAGGAGGCUAUUUUUUGCAUGCACGGGCUUACUGAGAAGCUUACGGUGAAGGAAGUUGCUAGUGUCUUCUUCAGUGGUGCUUUGAAAGACGACGAAGAUUAUGUGAAGAUAGCCCUUGUAUACUUCUUCGCUGGUUAUUUGUAUGGUUAUCCCCAAGGGAAAAAGAUUGACAACUUCAUCUUUGCUAUGGUUAAUGGGGAUGAUUACAUUGAAGUUUUUAAUCGGUUUGGAUGGGGUAAAUUAUUGUGGGAGAAGACUUUUCAUCACUUGAAGAUUGCAUUAAAAGAUGGGAACAACACCUUUGAACAGCUAGCUAAGAAGAAGAUGAUUGAGAAGGGUUACAAGCUUAAAGGCUUUCCUAUUGCGUUUCUUAUUUGGCUGUACGAGAUUAUCCCGUCUUUGUCUCCUCGCUUUUGCAAUAGAGUCAGCAACAAGAUUCCUCGCGUUCUGAAUUGGGAGAAUAGCCCUACAACAGAGUUUAGUGAGUUGAUUCAGGCUGUGUUCAACAAUCCGAAGAUUGUUGUAAAGGAUUUUGUUGCUUCAAGUGGUGAAAAAUCUGAAAGGCUUUUUUCUAAAUUCAAGUUUGAUCCUAAAUAUGUUCCAAAGAGGAUUGGUGGCUCUGUGUCUUCUAAUGAAGUAAAUGAUGAUGUGAAGGUAUCUCAUGGAAAGUUGGACCAGAUUUGUGCUGAAAUUACUUCUAUCAAAGAGUGCCAACAACAAAUCAAGGAUGGUAUUUCCAGCUUGAGGAUUGAGUUUUUGAGUGAAUUUGCUAAAUUAACAGAAAUUAUCAAAGGAUUGAAGAAGAAGGAGAAUGAUGGAACCUCUAAGGACUCUGAAUUUUUUUCAUCACCUAUAAGAGAGGCAUACUAUCAGGAUAUAACGGAUGAUGGUGGUGCGUUACAGUUGUCCGUUCAUUCUGUUCAAGCUGAGGAGGAAAAGGAGACUUUGAAUUUUGAAAAUAUGUUUAUCGAUCCUGAUUUUCUUAAGGGUGUGGUUGAUAGAUCAUUAAGAGUGCUUUGAAGACAGAUGAUGUUUCGUUUGAUGAUGAUAGUGAUAAGUUGAGUUUGGUUUUGUACGAUGAAUCGUAUUUGUCUCCGGAGGUUCAAAAGAGGCAGCCCAAACCAAGCUCUGUUGUUCUGUCGCCAUAUGUUGUGGACUUUGGGUCUUCGUCAUCUUCGAAGGAAGACUUAAUGAGGAUUGUGGAAGAUGAUAAAUUUAUUGUGCAUGGAAUCAAUCCUUUUAAAGAUGAAAUUGGUUAUAAUACUAGUGCUGAGCAGUGCAUUAAGUUUUCCAAAUUUAUUGAUGAGAACAUUGUCAUGAAUAGGGGUUAGUAUUUUUUUUAUUUAUAUUUAUAUUAUUUAUAUUUGUUUUUGUGUAUUUUUUUGUAUAUGUGAUUGACGUUUUUUUUUUGUGUUUGUUGUUUUUUGUGUUGUCAGUGUGAAGAAGUACUCCGAUGCGGACAACAUCUUAUAUCCACCGAUGGAUUUUUCUUUCAUUGAAAUUUCCGAGAAGAUGUGGUUCUACGAGCUUCAUGCUUGUGGUGU